AUGUUCCACAGUAGCACUUGUUUCCGCAUCUGCUUCAGCCGGUACAAAACACACGCCAGUCUGUCCUCAGUUGGAACGCUCGAUAUGUACCUAUCCGGAUACUGGGCGAAGGUCGCAGGACUGCGGCUGGCGAGCGCGCUCUUCUCGGCCCUCCUCGCGCUGGCCGCCUGCGAGCAGCAGUCGGGGCAUCUGUACACCUCCCUGACCGCGGUCGACGACCUCUUCGCCUUCGAUCAGCUGUUGGCCGCUGCUCUGUCGCUCGCCCCGGAGAAGAGCUCGGGGGCGGAAAGGUACCUCGAGUCGCAGGCGUGGGUGGCGGCGGACAGAGCGAGGGGCGGCGGGCAGGAAUACGCCGUCACAGGGAACCCUCUGCAUAUCUACGCUCUCUUCAAACGCCUUGUGCUCUACUGGCCAGAAAUCAACCAACAAUUCGUUUCUUUCAAUACUAAAGAUAGCGAGUGCAACGACAACAUGCUGCAGUGCAUGAACUGGGCCGAGAGGGGGGAGUGUGAGAUCAACCCCUCGUGGAUGCGUCGCAACUGCCGCUAUUCCUGUGACGUCUGUCCGAGCUCAGAAUUUCUUGACGGAGUGAGAAAAGUGUUGGCAGCCAAGAUUACCACCGUCUUGCCAACAGACAACGACCUCAGAGGCACAGCCAUCGCACUCUCCCGACUUCGGAAAGUGUAUAAACUGCACAUAAGAGAUCUGGUGCAAGGUCGCCUCCUCCACACUGUCAGCUCCGUCAAGCUGUCUGUGUUCGAUUCUCUGAGGGUUGCCAACGCUUGCUAUGCCACCGGGGACCUAGCUUCUGCCUGGAUGUGGUACCGACACAGCUUCCGGAUGGCCUCUGACCUCGAUUUGAAGGCACACAUUUCUAUGCUCAUGGAACCUGUGGCUCAGAUGCACGAUGACGCAUUCAGGAGUAACCACCACAAUUAUUUUCCGGCGAAGAUCUCCGUGAGUCAAGACCAGCUCACUUGGGACUAUGACUACUCGAAGCUCUGUCGCGGAGAGAUUAUGAUGACGGCAGAGGAGGCCUCGCAAUUGCACUGCCACGUGUCCUCGCGAGGGAGUCCGUACCUUACACUUCAGCCUAUCAGGUAUGAGCAGCUGCAUUACGACCCUGAGAUGUACAUGUUCUACGACGUCCUCUCUGAUGCUGAGAUACGCGCCAUUCAGGACACAGCCAAAUCAAAGCUUGCUCGGUCACACGUCUUAUCAAAGGAGAGGUUGAGCGAAAUCCGCGUGUCCCAGACGGCAUGGCUUGCCAACUUUACACAUCCAGCACUGCCGAGGAUCAAUCAAAGGAUCUCCUACGUCACUGGACUCCACGUGUUCGAAGGACCUUUCGAAAACAGGGGCGGAGAACAGCUACAGGUUCUUAGUUACGGCGUCGGUGGACACUACCAAUACCACUUGGACCACUUCUUCAAAAUCUUCCCUCCUGACCAAUGGCACACGACGAAGGCCGAUGAGGGUACUCUGAUAAGUGGGGAACGAUUGGCCACCUGGAUGUUCUAUCUCUCUGACGUGGAAGCCGGUGGGUGGACAGCCUUUCCGAAGGCAAAGAUCUCCGUAGCGCCAGUCAAAGGAGCGGCAGUCAUGUGGUAUAAUCUGAAGAAGAAUGGAGACUGCAACUGGCAGUCUGAACACGGAGGAUGUCCAGUGAUUUUAGGACACAAGUGGGCUAUAGGCACAGAAUCCUGUAAUAUAGGCUCGAACGAUAUGGCACAAAGAAAAACCUCUCUAAAAUCACUGCCAAAAAAGAAGCGUACCUCCACUCCCGGAAGCACACAGAGGACUGAUGGAGAUCGUUCUGGCGUCUGUACUUGGACGCCCACUGAAGGCUCUAAGGAACUUUUGGGUCAGACCGUCCUCUUCCGAGCAUUAGUUCCUUUCUCUAUGUAUGUUCCCUGGAGUGGACGGGUUCUUGUUCUUGCAGCUGUCAUCUUCCCGAGGCAGGUGUUUGCUUCCGCCCACGGAGGCAGCUGCUGGGGACAGAGAUGUGAAACGCUACCUCCCGGCCUUGUUUAG